AUGGUGACGGACGCCGGGUACGGCGCGGGCCCCGCGGCGGUGGCGGGCCCGUCCACGCCGCACGUCAGGCGCAAGCCAAAGGACUCGACGGACUCGAAGCGGGAGCGCAAGGCGGCCAAGACGCUCGCCAUCAUCACGGGCGCCUUCGUCGUGUGCUGGCUGCCCUUCUUCGUGAUGGCCAUCAUGAUGGCGCUGUGCGGCACGUCGUGCCACCUCAACGACCUGGUGGUGGCCGUCAUCCUGUGGCUGGGCUACUUCAACUCCACCCUCAACCCCAUCAUCUACACCAUCUUCAGCCCGGAGUUCCGGCACGCCUUCAAGCGCAUCCUGUGCGGCCGACGCAGCGCGCGCCGCCGCAACCGCCACUUCGGCGUGCGCUACCUGCAGUGA